CAAAAAUUAGGCGAAAAAAGAAGAAUUAAAGGGAGUCAGAUGCCCGGUGGCACCGGGCGACUGCGAGUCUGUCACCAGAGAAGCAAAAAAACAACGUUCUGGCAGAUAAGAUUCGCACUUUACAAAUUGCAUUUGCACACGACACCUGAAAACAAUGUGCUGCCUUCAAUUCUCUUCAUCUACUUCCUCCACCAUGUAGACAGACUCUCUCUCUCUCUCAUGGAUCAGCUCAAACACGAGGACUUGAACCAAUCCGCGCCGCCUCCGUUCUCAUUUGCCGCCGAAUUUCCGCAGCCCGCUUCCGAUCGCGGCGUGCCCCCAACUCGCUCCCAACCCAAUUCAAGCCAAAGGCCUGAGGGGGAAGUUAAGGAUUGUCUGACUGCUAGAAAGAUUCAGAAGGCUGACCGGGAGAAGUUGAGGAGGGAUCGACUAAAUGAGCAGUUUCUUGAGUUGGGAAAUGUCUUGGAUCCGGACAGACCCAAAAAUGACAAAGCAACCAUUAUAGCGGAUACAAUUCAAGUGCUGAAGGAUUUGACAUUAGAAGUAGACAAACUUAAAUCUGAGUGUGUUUCUCUAACCGAAGAGUCUCGUGAGUUGACACAUGAGAAAAAUGACCUUAGAGAAGAGAAGGCAUCUCUUAAAUCUGACAUUGAGAACCUUAAUGCUCAGUAUCAGCAGAGACUCAGGACUAUGUUCCCUUGGGGUGCUAUGGAUCACUCAGUUGUAAUGGCUCCACCUUCAUAUCCAUAUCCGAUGCCGAUGACAAUGCCAAUGCCAAUGCCCAUGCAAAUGCCUGCACGACCAAUGCCCGUGCAUCCACAUAUGCAGCCAUACCAUUAUUUCGGAAAUCAGAAUCCUGGGGUCAUUCCGAACCCCUGCUCAACUUAUCUUCCAUAUAUUACUCCUAAUACUCUGGUUGAGCAGCAGUCUACCCAAUAUAUAUCUCCAAUAGUGCAUCCAGGAAGCCAGUCUCAAGUUUCAGGCAAACAAGAUGCUAUAAACAAAUCACCUGGGGAGAGCCAGGUUCACAAAAGUGAUGAUUCAAUCGAUGUCACUACAGAACUAGAGUUGAAGACUCCCGGAUCUACUUCGGAUCAGGAUUUGUCAUCAGUACGAAGAAAAUCUAAAAAGUCAGCGAGGCUGGAAAACAGAGAAGGCAGUUCGUCAAGUAGAUGUUCUUCUUCUCGUAGUGUACAGGAUAGCUCAUCUAAUAGUGUAGUUGGUGGCAAAAAGGCUGACGACUGAAAAGGAGAAAAAGGGUUAACAAAGAACAGAACAAGGCAGGUUCUAUUUUUAUUUAUUCUCUUUAAAGCCAUUGUCUUAUGAUUUGGAAAAUAUCUAUGAAAAAUGCACGAGUCAUCUCACUUCAAGAACGUGUUACGUGUAGACCUAGCCAUCAAAGAAUAUAACCAACUGUUUUUUUCAUUUAACGAGAAUAGAGUUUGUUAUUAUUUUAUGGUAUCAAUUGCAUCAGGUCGGUUAUAAAAUGUACUAACGACA